CCAAGUGCGAAUCGUGUCACCGUCGUAUCGGGGUUACCACCGUGUGUGCUUGUGUGUGUGUAUGUUAACACAGUGCGAAGAGGACGUGUGUCUCGGGAUAUUGGAUAUUUCGUUGCUUCGACUCUGGAUGAUUUCCGGAAGUAAAUAGAGUAACCGAAUCAUCGUUUCUUCUUGUAUACCGGUAAUUAUAUAUCGAUCGAAGCCUUUCCCCGAAAUCGUUGAAAAAACAUGCCGUCGAUCGAGAGUAAGGUACAGCAGCAACAGCAGAGGAUCGAUCGCUCGACGAGUCCGAUGCCGCGCAACAAGUCCUCCGGUAACGUCGCUGCGGCGCCACCGAAACGGGAGCUCGAUGUCUUCGCGAGCGGCAUCGUCGUGCCGUCGAUACGCGCCGAUUCACCCGAGAAUCUCGAGGACAACGCGUCGGAGCGAGGAUCCUGGGGCAGCAAGAUCGAGUUCAUCCUGUCGGUGGUCGGAUUGGCCAUCGGCUUGGGCAAUCUCUGGCGAUUCCCCUACCUGUGCUACAAGAACGGCGGCGGCGCCUUUCUGGUGCCGUACUUCAUCGCCCUGGUAUUGGCUGGAAUACCGAUGUUUUUGAUGGAGCUGUCGCUGGGACAGAUGAUGACCAUCGGUGGUCUGGGAGUGUUCAAGAUCGCUCCCCUGUUCAAAGGGAUCGGUUACGCGACGUGCGUCUUGUCGUGCUGGACAAACAUCUACUACAUUAUCAUUUUGGCCUGGGCCCUCUUCUACUUUCUAGUCUCUAUCGGCACAGACGUACCCUGGAGAACCUGUGGCAACAGCUGGAACAGCAAGUACUGCGUGACGCCCGAUGAGCUGCUGAAGACACCCUGCUGGAGCCAUCACAAUCAGACCAUAUGCAAGACCCUGGUCGGCAACUACAGCAACGUCUUGCUGCGAGAUCCGGUCAAAGAAUUUUGGGAACAGCGAACUCUGCAGAUAUCCAAGGGCGUCGAGGAGGUGGGCGGCAUCAGGUGGGAGCUGGCUGGCACCCUGGCUGUGGUCUGGAUCCUCUGCUACUUUUGCAUCUGGAAGGGAGUCAAGUGGACCGGCAAAGUCGUUUACUUCACGGCUCUUUUUCCAUACUUUCUUCUUUUCAUUCUACUCGUGCGCGGACUGACGCUGCCCGGUGCCAUGGAGGGUCUCAAGUACUACGCCACGCCGAAUCUGUCAAAGUUGGGCGAGCCAGAGGUCUGGAUCGACGCGGUGACGCAGAUAUUUUUCUCGUACGCACUGGGCCUCGGUGCCCUGGUGGCUCUAGGCAGUUACAAUAAAUUCAACAACAACGUGUACAAGGACGCUCUGAUCGUUUGCUCGAUAAAUUCGUGCACGAGCAUACUCAGUGGGGUGGUGAUAUUUUCGGUCGUGGGUUUCAUGGCCCAUGAGCAGCAGAAAUCCGUGGCCGAUGUAGCGGCUUCGGGACCUGGUCUAGCAUUUUUGGUCUAUCCAUCGGCUGUUUUGCAAAUGCCCGGAGCACCCAUGUGGUCCUGUCUGUUUUUCUUCAUGCUACUUCUGAUCGGUCUCGAUAGCCAAUUCUGCACCGUGGAGGGUUUCAUCACGGCUGCGGUGGACGAGUGGCCGCACUUGCUCAGAAAACGCAAGGAAGUCUUCAUAGCCAUCGUCUGCGUAAUUUCGUACUUCGUCGGUCUCGCCUGUGUCACGGAGGGCGGCAUGUACGUUUUUCAACUGCUCGAUUCGUACUCGGUGAGCGGAUUCGUCCUGCUGUUUCUCAUGUUUUUCGAGUGCAUCUCCGUGGCCUGGGCUUUCGGCGUCAACCGCUUUUACGACGGCAUACGCGACAUGAUCGGCUACUAUCCCUGCUUCUGGUGGAAGAUCUGUUGGACGGUGACGACCCCGGCUAUCUGCAUUGGUGUCUUUAUUUUCAACAUCGUUAAAUUCGUCCCCGUCAAGUACCUCAACUACGAGUAUCCGUGGUGGUGUCACGUGCUCGGAUGGAUGAGCGGUCUCUCGUCAAUGCUCUGCAUUCCGGCCUACAUGAUCUACAUCUGGUGUGUCACGCCUGGAACGAUGUCCGAGAAAUUCCGAAAACUCGUGAGAAUCGACGACGACAUAGCGACUCUUCGAAUGAAACUCAACCCGACGAAAGCCAAGGAAAUAAAAGCGGAAUUCAAUUGCUGAAGUUUCAUUCGUUGAUUUU